AUGGCUUCGAUUGUGCGACCCUCCCUGCUCCGGCAAACAGCCACUGCGGCCCGUAUGGCUCAGGCCGCUCCGAUCCGCUCCGCCUUCGUCAAGGACUCGACAAGAGCCGCGGCCUUCCACACCACAGCCAAGAGGCAACUGCUGCCCGUCGGACCUCAGGUCAUUGACGGUGGAGUCAACAAGCCCGCCCCCGUCCCUCCUCCGAGUCCCGCUCACGGCUCCUACCACUGGACCUUUGACCGUCUACUCGCUGCCGGCCUGGUUCCCAUUACUAUCGCCCCCUUCGCCGCUGGUUCCCUCAACCCGACGACCGACGCCAUUCUCUGCGCCAUGAUCCUCAUCCACUCCCACACUGGCUUCCAGAACAUCCUCAUCGACUACGUCCCCACCAAGCACUACCCCAAGUCGCGCAAGGCCACCAUGUGGAGCCUGAACCUGGCCACUGCCCUCGUCGGCCUUGGCCUGUACGAGUUCGAGACUAGCGAUGUUGGUGUCACCGAGGCCGUCGCGCGUCUCUGGAGGGCGUAA